AUGAGGCUUGCAGUGAGCUGUGCAAUGAAUCAGAAUAGAAGCAUGCAAGCACAUGACCUGUUGAUGAAGAAGGGGAUUGCAGUGAGGUCGUUUGGAACAAACUCUGUGAUCAGGCUGCCUGGGGAGACGAUUGAUGCUGCGAAUGUGUAUGAGUUUGGAACAACAUACAAGGAGAUACAUGAAGAUCUGUGUAGGAAGAAUGAGGAGUACUAUCGGGAAGCUGGGAUUCUGUACUUGCUCGAGAGGAAUAUGAGAGUGAAGGAGAAGCCCGAGAAUUUUUUUGAGAAGAGAGAAGAAUUUGACCUUGUGAUAACUUGCGAGGAGAAGGUGUUUACAGGCAUAUAUGAGCACUAUGCAGCGAAGGAGGUGGGAUCUGGAAGGUUUGUGAUGGUGAACUUUGAUAUUAAGGACACGCCGUCGGAUGCGGUUACUGGAGCACUUGAGAUUCUUGAGUUUGUUGAGGAAGUGAUUAGAUUAGAGGAGGAGGGGCUUGAGUAUGCUGUCCGGACGGCGCUUGAGAAGCAUUUUGAGAGGAAGGCAAGCAUGCUUCUGUUUAGUGUUGUGAGCCUGUGA